ACAUACUAAUUGAAUUGAAAGUGCGUUGAAUUGAAAUUUUCACUAAGUUACCAAUAUUCAAACAGUUUCUGAAGUGUAGUAAAUUUAAUGAAAAUUGUUAAUUAUAUAAAAAAGCAAUAAUUCACGCCACAAAUACGUAAAACAAUGAGAUAAUAAAUUUUUUCAAAGCGCUGUUUUGAAUACGCUUAAUCACAAGAUAGCGCCAAGUCAUUAAUUUGCUGCAUAAAAGAUUUUUCUCUUCUCAUGAACACCCGCAUGGCAUAAAUAACAACCGCAUGCAACCCUCAAGUACAGUAAUUUAUGUAUCAAUCCAGAAAACGCAGUCAAACAACCCUCCGUCUUCAAAUAACUCGUAAAUUUGCACAAACUCAAUCUUAAUCAAAUCAAUUUAAGUGAAGUGUCCUCAAAUCAAAAACCCAAUCUCCAACAUUAUUUAAUGCAAAAUCAAAAUCUUAAUUGGCAACGGCCUAAAAUUUAGUUGUACAUACACACACACAGAAAGUCACCACAACGAUCGCUGCUCAAAGUACCGACCACGACGGCGGCGUCAAUGACGAGCAUUUUUCCAAUUAUCAAUUUGAAAAUUUCUCAUUGCCGUCGUUGCCCAGCCGCCAUAGAAGAAAACGUGAAGCAAUGCCGCCCUCUGCGUUCUUAGUUGGUUCAACCAUUUCGACCGCAACUGAAGCAACAACGGGCAAGGCAGCAACGAGUGGUGGCAGUGGUGGCAACGCCAACAGCGUACCUCCAAAAUAUCUGAGCAGAGUGCCAAUAAAAACAACAGUUAAACGUCUAUCGCCUACGAAAACUCCAUCGACUUGCUCCUCGCCUGCGUUAUCGCCCCAAGGUGUGCAAGUGAAAUACUCGGCGAGCAGUCCAACAAAUACACAAAAAUAUAAUAACAACAAUAAUAACAAUAACUGUCAAACUGCGCAGAAUUACAAUUACUUAAGUGCAACUGCACAGCAACAACAACUCCCACAGGAGCAUCAGUACUUGCAAUUACAGCAAUAUCAUCAUACUCAGCAGCAGCAGCAGCAGCAGCAGCAGCAAAUUAAAAAAUCACCCGAAAAAAUGGUGCUGCAAAGCUAUGAAAAUUAUACCUCUUACCAUAAUUUGCCCACUCAUGUUCAUCAUCAUCAUCAGCAGCAGCAUCAGCAACAACACCAUGUUGCGCAUGCGUUGACGCAUCAGCUGACAUUGCCACAGUCUCAUCACCACCAUCAGCAACAACAGCAACAGCAUCAGCAUCAGCACCAACACCAUCUGCAAAAUCACCAACACCAACCGCAAACGCAUCACCAAUACCAACCUCAACAGUCACCACAACAUCAGCCACAACUCCAGCAGCAACCGCAAGGCUUGCAGCAAUCCAUGACACAGCAACAUCGGUUGUCUGGCGGCAGCACUGGCAGCGCCUCUGUUAGUUCCUCUUCAUCGUCCGGCGGUGCUUCGGCAUCGACGACAGCUGCCGGCCUUGGUGGCAGCGCGUCGGGUUUGAGCACUGGUGGCGCGUCGUCGCUCCUGGGCUCACCAAAUCCAACCGCCUCCUCACUUGGCAUUGGUUACUUUAACGAUAUGGCCACCACCAACUAUGUUGGUGACUAUGCAUCGUCACCGCCAUCGUCACAUCAUCCAACCGCGAAUUCAUAUUACACUGAUAUCGAUGCGAAUUUCUUUAGUCAAGGCUAUAACAGCAAUCCGCACGAUCACAGUAACAACAGCCCGCCUCCACAAACACAGCAGCAAUCGCAGAAUAACGGUUCGCUCCUAUCCCAUACACAACAACAGCAACAGCAGCAAUCCCAGCAGUCCAAUUCGACCGCCAACAGCAAUGCGUCAGCGGUGAACGCCAAUCAGGCGAAUGGUCAGACCCAGAACAACCACAACAACAACAAUAGUGCCAAUAUGAAUUACAUGCAUGUGGCGAUACGAAAUUCUGCUGCCGCAGCAGCGCUCUACACGCAGCAUCAGAUGAAAGAGGAACCCGGCACACAGAAUACAUCGGGUUACUCCAGCUUGGGCAGCGGUAGCAGUAACGGUCAAACCGAUCCCGCUGAUCUAUCGGUGUCAUCAGUUUAUGGUCUACCCCCACAUUUGGCCGGGGCGGCGGCUGCUGCCGCUGUAGCUGCUGCGUCGGGUGUACACUAUGAUGACAAUGAUUACAAUAGCACGAUUUCAUCGCAAGAACAUCAGAGUUAUCAGGAUGCAAGUGCCGAUUUUUACGGGAUAACUGUGCCGAACAAUGAACAAAAGUAUAAUGCUUAUGGGCGUACACCAUUUUCCGAUGCAUAUGGCACUGAGUAUGGUUCUUAUGAUCCCACAAGAUUUCCUACCAUGCCUGGCCAAACGUCGGCCGAUCAAUGGGGUGUCCACCAUGCGGGUCAACAUUCGGCGGCAUAUAUGAAUACGAUGAGCUUGGAGAAGGCACUGAUGGGCGCGUAUCCCAUGCAGGGUGGUGUACCUUGUUUCACCGGCUCCGGUCCUAUACAGCUGUGGCAAUUUCUGCUGGAACUGUUGAUGGAUAAAACGUGUCAGGGUUUCAUUUCGUGGACUGGUGAUGGCUGGGAAUUCAAGUUGACCGAUCCUGAUGAGGUUGCCCGUCGUUGGGGUAUACGCAAAAACAAGCCGAAAAUGAACUAUGAAAAGCUCAGCCGUGGUCUACGCUAUUAUUAUGACAAAAAUAUCAUCCACAAGACGGCCGGCAAACGUUAUGUCUAUAAAUUUGUUUGUGAUCUACAAAACCUGAUUGGCUAUACGCCAGAAGAAUUAUGCGCUAAAUAUGACCUCAAAACAGAUAAGAAGGAUGAUGAUUAGAGCGUUAAUUGAAGGCUACAAACCGAGGUAGCGUAUUAAAUCAAGCUUUGACUCUACACACAGCAACGAGCCCCCAAGCCAACCACCCACAUAAGUUACAAUAGAGCUUUGCACUAACUAUAGGCGACGAACUUGACAAUGCUCAAAAGCUAUGAGAUCAUCGAUGAACUACAUAAUAGUUUCUCGUUCUUCCUCGCUUCUGUGGCUCGAGUCGCCAGCGUGGGCAGACGUUACUCUUCGAAGUGCUGUGCAGGAGAUGCGAGUGUGGUGCUUGCUUGUAACUGUGGAUUCUUCCGAAUGUGCUUAAUUUUUAAAAGUACAUUAAAUAUACAUAUUUUUACACAUAUAUGGAUAGAAGUGUGUCCAUACACAUGCGGUUAUUUUUAAAUAUACACACAUACCUUUAUACAUAUUUAUAAUAAAUUGCUAUUUUCUGUGCUUACUCAUGUUUUAACAUUUUAAGUAAUUUAAUGAUUUAAAUUAAUUUGUUUGAGGAGAUUAUACACACUUAGAAACAUACUAUAUGUACACAAAGGCAUACAAACAUACGUAGCGUGCUAUAAGGAAUACUUGCGAAAGCAUACGAAAAAUGGCGUCAAACAAAACAAAACAAAAAAAA